GACCACCAUUCACCCCGCGGUUCCUCGGAGCCGCUGUAUAUAAGUCCUCUUUCCGCCGCUCUCCUGGAGGCUGUCUUCUAUUAUUCUCAACUCCUCGCUCUCCAACCAAGCAUGUGCGACUUGCCUAACAACCGAUACGACCGGUAAUCCUGAGUCAAUCCUUUUUCUGCCACCCAACAUGAGCUAUCUCAACGCGAUCCUCUCCUCGAUCGAUCCCUCUGUAUCAGCUCCUGCGCCUGCGCAAGGCGCAAGACAAGCCCAGGCUCCGAAUGUGCCGAAACCAGCUCAGCGCCCCGUGGCUAGUGUUAUUGGAACAUCCCAGGCACACCCUUUAAAGCGCAAGGCAGAGAGCCAAACAGACGGCUCCCAACCCAAAAUACAACGAAAAGAUGUUCCUCUUCAGGGCCACCGAACGAAUGGCUCAGCCCGACCAUCCCCCGCACCUGAGAUGGCCAAAUCGAAACCCUCCGCUCCUGCAGAUCCAGCCCCAUACCGUGGAACUGCAGCAACUGGUGCACUAGGUGCCACCAAAUCAUUAACAAUCAUUAACAGACCCAGCCCUGGAGCCAGUACUCCGGCUGCUACGUCAAAAUCGACAAUGGUUAAGAAACCAAGUCCUACCGCUAGUAUCGCGGCUACCAGCUCUAAGCUGACACCUGCUGGGUCUAGGCCCACUGCUGGCGUUGCACCCACUCCCGGAGCCCCGCCUAUGCAACCGAAGAAGGGAUCGUACGCAGCCAUGUUGGCCAAGGCGAAGGAGGUGCAAGUUGCCAAGCCAGCUCCCCCUCCUAUCAAGCACGAGCCAAUGAAGGUAUUGACAAAGAAGGAGCGGAUGGCGCUUCAUGCCGAAGCGAAGGCAGGCGCGAAGGGCAAGAGGCCUGGUCUGAAUAGUCCAGCAGGCACUGUAAGAGUUGCGGAUGUCAAAGGCGAAGCCGGCAAGGAAAAACGCAAGCCCGCCGAUCUAGGCUAUCAGGGUACAGCACGGCCUAUCAAGAAACCAGCUGAGAUUAGCUAUAAAGGAACGGCAAGACCAAUUACUGCCGCCGGAUCAGCUGGAAGAGCGGGAAACUCUAAUGACCGCAGCCGCAGCAACUCUCUCGCUGCCAAAUCCAAGCCAAAGCAAGAUCGCGGAAAAUAUGGUGGUUAUGCGAGUUGGUCAGACGACGAUAUCGAGGAUGAGGAAGAUUAUGCAUCGGAUGGCUCCUCUGAUAUGGAAGGCGGUAUUUGGGAUGUGGAACAGGAGGAGCAACGUGCUCUCCUAGCUGCGAAGAAGGAAGAUGCGGACGCCCUUCGAGAGGAAAACGAACUGAAGCGUCAGAAGGAGGAGCGGAAGAAGAAGUUGAUGGCGAUGAACAAGGCCGCGGCUGCGAAGCGGAAGUACUAGGUUGCUAGUUGGAUGUUCGUCAUUUCCAUGGAGUUUUGGGUUCUAGGCUCACAGCAUACACUGGAUGGCUGGAGUUGGAUUCCAAUUCCUUUAAUUGCAUAGCUAUGGAGCUUGGGGGUGCAUGGAGGAGUUUUACACUUAGCGGAGAGCCUGCGAGGGUGGUUUUCACGGUUCGAAUAUCUCAUAAGUCUAUUCGCUAGAUAAAGGUGCUGUAUAUUAUCUUAGAGCAGAUCCACUGAGUUUUAGUUCGACGUAAUCGAC